UGGUCAGCUAUAAAUAGCUGGCGCUGUCCGUCCAUGUCGCUCUCGCCACCGCUCCGCCGCCCGCGCCUUCCCCUCCCCUCCCCUCCGCCCGCGCCCGCCAUGGCCACCGUGCACCCGCCGCCGCCGCCGUUCGCGCUGCUUAAGCGGCCCCGCGCCGGCAUGGAGAUGGAGGACGACUACAGCGACACCGAGAGCGUCGCGGAGUCGUGCCCGUGCCCGCGACGCGCUGCGGCGACCGAUGACUCCGCCGCCUCCUGCGGCAGCAGCGCCUGCUGCCACGACGACGACGACGACGGGUGCAGCAGCUGCGUCGAGGGAGACGAGUGCAGCAGCUACAACCUGCAGGAAGCCGCCGACGACGACGACGUCGAGGAGGGAAGAAACGAGGCGGCGAGCGGCGUCUGGUGGCAGCACAUGGCGGUGGCCGGGGCCGGCGGCGGCACGACGUUCCCUACGACGCCGCCGGCGCGAGCGCAGGAGGAGGACCCGAAACGCGCGGCGGAGCGGCAGGAGGAGGACCGCAAGUUCUGGGAGGACUGCCUCGCCUCCGGGUAUCCAUGAACUCACCUGACAUCGAUCGCCACAUCGCAAUUCAUCACCAUCACGCCACGACGAGACGGCAAAACCGGAAUCGCCGUUCCAGCACACAUAAAUGUAUGCUUUUUCUUGGUUUUCUUUGUACAGCCAUUUCACAAAGAAAAAUGGUGUAUGUUGACCAAAAAAGCAGGAUCUAUCUUGAGAAGAAAUCAGGUUAGUAGUUGGUGAGGUAGGGUACUUACUUUGCUGUUAAUUCAACCUUCAACCUAAAACCUGAGAAGUAUUGCAACAUUCAUUCUAGAA